AUGUUUCACUUCCACUUCACCACUUCUUCUUUCUCUCUUCUUCUUCUUCUUCUUUUUCUCUUUCUCUUCUCUUACAAUUCUUUCACUCUCUUCUCCAUUAUUCAUCUUCCUUUCACUCUCUUCUCAAACUCACAAAACAAACCUCUCCUUCUUCACUCACCACAACCAUCAAUAAUCUCCAAAUGGUCUUCUUACCACCCCACCAAGCUUUCUCCCUCAGUGUUUCUCGCACUCAAACAAGAAAAUUCACCACUUUUUUCCAGCACCAGCGUGCCCUUUAAUGGAAAAUUCUCCAUUGUCGAGAGGCACAAAAGUGGCCUCAUAAGUAUGCAAUCAGAAGUUCACUCCUCAAUGUUUCAAGCCAGAGUCAAAGCCUUCUUUGCUGGGAAUUCUUCUUCUUCUUCUUCCUCUUGGUCUUCUUGCAAGGUAAGGUUCUUCAUGACUUUGAUUUCUCCCUUGAAAGCAUUUGGUCACAGGGAAUUGUUAUCUGUGGAGAGCUUGUUCAAGUCUCAUCCACAAGCUUGCUUGGUUAUAGUCUCAAAGUCUUUGGACUCUGUCAGAGGAACAAGAAUUCUAAGACCAUUUUUAAAUAAUGGGUUCAGAGUGAUGGCAAUUGCACCUGAUUUCAAUCACAUAUUCAAGGAUACUCAUGCUGAAGCAUGGUUUGAUCGGUUGAAUAAAGGGAAUGUGAAUCCGGGUGGAGUCUCUUUAGGCCAAAACCUCUCCAAUUUGCUAAGGCUUGCUCUUUUGUACAAGUUUGGAGGCAUAUACAUAGACACAGAUGUUAUAGUCUUGAAGAGUUUCUCUAAGCUGAGAAACACCAUUGGAGCACAGAGUUUUGAUGUGAAAACUGGCAAAUGGAGCCGAUUGAACAAUGCUGUGUUGAUAUUUGAUAAGAAACACCCUUUGCUUUUGAAGUUCAUUGAAGAAUUUGCACUCACAUUUGAUGGGAACAAGUGGGGUCAUAAUGGUCCUUACUUGGUCUCUAGAGUGGUCUCUAGGGUGAGUGUUUCAAAACCAGGGUUUAAUUUUACUAUCAUACCACCAUCUGCAUUUUACCCUGUUGAUUGGAGGGGAAUUAGGAGUCUGUUUGAAGGACCUAGAGAUGUGAACCAAUCAAAAUGGUUGGUGAUGAAACAUGGGGAAAUUCUCAAAGAAAGCUUAGCACUGCACUUGUGGAACAGACAGAGUAAGAAGCUAAAGGUAGAAAAGGGAAGCAUUGUGGAUAGGGUUAUAUCAAGUUGUUGCAUCUUCUGCAACUCCUGGAAUUAA